AUGGCCUGGUCGAUAGAACUCUCGCAGUUUGACAUCACAUUCAAACCGAGGGGACCGAUCAAGGCUCAGUGUUUGGCCGACUUCAUAAAUGAACUUCACCCACAAGGCCAAUUCGAGGAACCAUGGUGGACCCUCCAUGUGGACGGAUCCUCAAACAGCCAGGGGAGCGGGGCAGGAGUGAUCCUAGAAGGACCGAGAGGGAUAACAUUGGAACAAUCCCUGCGCUUUCGGUUCAAAGCCUCGAACAACCAAGCCGAAUACGAAGCUUUAUUGGCAGGAUUAAGACUGGCCGAGGACAUGGGUGCAUCAAAAGUCAAAUGUCGAACCGACUCCAAAGUGGUGGCCGAGCAAGUUGGUGGAAGCUUCCAAGUAAAGGAUCACAGCAUGAUGAAGUAUUAUCACGCUUAUCAAAAAAUAAAAGCGGGCUUUCAGGAGGUGUCGGUCGAGCACAUCCCACGCGAAGACAAUGCCCGUGCCGACCAGUUGGCUCGGCUGGCCGCGACCAAAAAGCCGGGGCAUUUGAGAACGAUAAUCCAACAAGAGAUCGACCGCCCUAGUGUCGAUGCAGAAGUGGUGGCAAAUGUCAAUGUCGAUUGCGCCAAUCAGGAAGAUUCCCAAGACUGGCGAGCCGAAAUCAAAGAGUUCCUCGUAAGUGGAAACACGCCGACCGAUCCGUCCGAAGCCAAACGGCUAAGAACUCAAGCCGGCAGAUACGUUGUCAUCGCCGACCAGCUGUACAAACGCGGUUUCUCUACCCCGUUACUCAAGUGCCUCAACUCCGCCGAGGCUGAUUAUGUGACGAGAGAAGUGCACGAGGGUAUAUGUGGACUGCAUUCGGGAGCGAGGACAACCGUUUCCAAACACCUACGAGCCGGGUACUAUUGGCCGACCAUGAACACCGACUGCGCUAUGUUCAUAAAGAAGUGCCAGCCGUGUCAAAAGCAUGGCAAUUUGGUCCAUCAGCCGGCCGAGCAAUUACAUUGCAUUCCCCCAGCAUGGCCGUUCUCCACUUGGGGUGCCGAUAUACUCGGACCUUUCCCGGUCGCCAAGGGCCAAUGCAAAUUUCUCAUCGUUGCCGUCGACCUGUUCACCAAAUGGAUCGAAGUCGAACCCUUGGCGUGUAUCUCGGCUCAUCAAGUCCAAAAGUUUCUAUGA